CAAAACAAAACUACCCUACUUCAAGUCUUUUAUAUGAUACAACAGCAAACAACAUAACCCAAAACAGGGGAAGAACAGAAAGCACAGAAACAACAACAACAAUGUCGAUUGCUUUCUGCUUCACUCCUCCCUCUUCCUCCUUUUCCUCCUAUUCAUGUUCCUACUCUUCCUCCAAUAAACCCCUUCCUCCUCUUUCCCUCUCCUCCCUCCGCCUCCGCCUCCGCCUCACUCCCUCUCCCCUCUCUUCACUUCACCAACACCGCCGCCGCCGCGCGGAUCUCCCUUUCGUUCUCCACUCCACCGCCGGCGGAGGCGGCGGAGGAGGAUCGUUCGGUGGUCACGGAGGAGGUGGCGGCGACGGAGACUCAGGCAAUGACGGCAAGAGGGACGCGAUUAUGGUGCUGGCGGAGGCAGGGAGGAGUCUAGAGAGCGUGCCGUCUGACUUGGCGGCGGCGAUCAAGGAAGGGAAGAUCCCUGCGUCCGUCGUGUCUCGUUUUCUGGAGCUGGAGAAGUCGCCGCUGUUCCGGUGGCUGCUUCAGUUCACUGGGUUCAAGGAGCGUCUUCUCGCUGAUGAUCUCUUCCUGGCUAAGAUUGGCAUGGAGUGCGGUGUUGGCGUCUUCACCAAGACUGCUGCCGAGUACGACCGAAGGAGGGAAAACUUUUUCAAGGAGAUUGAAAUUGUGUUUGCCGAUGUGGUCAUGGCCAUACUUGCAGAUUUCAUGCUGGUUUAUCUUCCUGCACCGACUGUUUCUCUUAGAGCACCACUUGCAAUCAAUGCAGGGCAUAUUGCUAAGUUUUUCCACAACUGCCCAGACAAUGCAUUCCAGGUUGCUCUCUCUGGAACAUCAUAUUCUAUAUUACAGAGGAUUGGUGCGAUUGCGCGUAAUGGGACUAAGCUUUUUGCAGUUGGAACUGCUUCAUCACUGGUAGGGACAGCGAUGACAAAUGCCUUAAUUAAUGCAAAGAAGGCUGUUGGUAAGGAUUCUGAUGGGGAACUUGAAAAUGUUCCCAUAUUGUCUACCAGUGCUGCCUAUGGUGUCUAUAUGGCCGUUUCUAGCAACCUCAGGUAUCAAGUUCUUGCUGGAAUCAUUGAACAGAGGUUAUUGGAACCUUUACUGCACCAGCACAAGCUUGUGCUUAGCGCACUUUGCUUUGCUGUUCGAACCGGCAAUACAUAUUUGGGUUCAUUAUUGUGGGUGGACUAUGCUCGUUGGAUAGGAGUUCAGUAGGCCCGAGACCAAGAUUAUGACUCGAAUCUUCCUUGAUUGACUAGAUUUUUCUCAAGAUGCUCAUCUGCUUCAUUAGUGGACACCACAAAGCAAUUUAAUUUAUAAGAAGUUUGAUCGUAGGUUAGCGCAAAUGGUUUUCUCCACUCUAUUUUUGAUUUUUUGUGCUCAUUGCUGAGUGCUAUUCUUGUUUUUCUUCCAAGUUUCCUCAUUCAAUUGAUAUUAUGAGGAUGUGAGCAUACAUUUUUUUCCUUUUGGGUAGAAGGACAUAAUUUGAAACUGAUGAUAAGGUUUCAGCAGAUUGAAAGAUAUUAAAGAAACAAGUUUUUUUUGUUACUUUGCAAAAUAAUCUCUGCUUUUGAGCUGAGACCAGCAUGAGCUACGAACUGUGUAUUAUUUCGCAAACAUUACGUAUAUUAUAAAACUAUGUUAGGUCUUGUUCUUCGGUUAAA